GAUGGACCAGCUGUCCGACGAAGAGGUGGAGGUCAGAGAAGGGGAGGAAGAGGAGGACAGCGAUAAAGAGGAUCAGGAUCUGGAUAAGAUGUUUGGAGCUUGGCUGGGAGAACUGGACAAACUCACGCAGAGCUUGGAUGAUGGCCGCCCGGAGCGCCCCCCUCAGCGUAAGGCGCCUCUUAGACAGGAGACCAACAUGGCCAAUUUCUCCUACAGAUUCUCCAUCUACAACAUCAAUGAGGCAUUGAAUCAGGGGGAAAAUGUUGAUCUGGACGCCCUCAUGGCAGACCUCAGCUCUAUUGAACAGGAGCUCAGUACCGUCAACCCCAAACAAAACAGCAGCAUGGCACGUUUAGGACUCACCGAUACCAAGGUUCGUCAGAAGCCCCCAGCAGGGCGCAGUAGCAGGCAGCAAUCAGCGGGGGGGAGCGGCGAUGGUGGAGGAGGCAACAGUGUCAGUGGUGGCGGGAGCAGCGGGGCGAGCAGUAGCAGCAGCAGCACCAGGGCCUCACCUGCCGGCACCAUCAGGGUUUGUCCUGGGCAGCAAGGGAGGCAGGCGCUGGCGUCAAACUUUAGCCUGGAUGAUAUCACUGCCCAGCUCGAGAAGGCAUCAAUGAGCAUGGACGAAGCCGCACGUCAAAGCUCCUCCCACUCACUUGGCUCAACCUCCACCUCGGCCUCGGUACGGCGCCCAGCAUCCAGUCAACGGCAGCAUCGGCGCACGGGAUCGGUCGGCACCGUCAGUGAGCAUGAGGUGCGAUCUGUCAUCCACUCUUCACGCUCCUCCGUCACGUCAGCCUCAGGAACGUCUGUCAACUCUGCCUCCUCGAUGGAUUCCCUGGACAACGUUCUUCAUGCCAGCAACUGUGACGGCCAUCCUGCUUCAGCCCCACACCCAGCCAAUGACACCGGCCAGAGUCAGCACAGCACGGAGCACUCCUAUCUGGACAGGGAAACCUCUCUGAUUCUGAGAAACAUAGCAGGGAAACCUUCACACCUGCUGACCAAGGAGGAGCAGGCUGCAAAGCUGAAGGCGGACAACAUCCGAGUCGCCCUGGAGAAGAUAAAGGAGGCCCAGGUGAAAAAGUUGGUGAUUCGUGUUCAUUUGUCGGAUGAGAGCUCGAAAACCAUGAUGGUGGAUGAGAGGCAAACCGUCAGACAGGUUCUCGACAGUUUACUGGAGAAGUCCCAUUGUGGCUACAGUCCAGACUGGUCGCUGGUAGAAACCAUUAAUGAACUGCAAAUGGAACGCAUCUUUGAGGAUCACGAGAACCUGGUGGAGAACCUACUAAACUGGACCAGAGACAGCCAGAACCGUCUCAUGUUCACUGAACGCAUUGAGAAGUAUGCACUGUUUAAGAACCCACAGAAUUAUUUGUUGGGGCGGAAGGAGACGUGCGAGAUGGCUGAGCGGAACAAAGAGGCCCUGUUAGAGGAGUGUUUUGGUGGCAGCUCAGUGUCAGUCCCGGAGAUGGAGGGCGUGCUGUGGUUGAAAGAAGAUGGAAAAAAGUCCUGGAAGAAACGCUACUUCCUACUGAGAGCUUCUGGAAUCUACUACGUCCCCAAAGGCAAAGCAAAGGCGUCCAGAGACCUGGUGUGUUUUCUCCAGUUGGACCAUGUGAACGUCUACCACGGCCAAGAUUACAAGAGCAAGUACAAGGCUCCAACCGACUUCUGCAUGGUGCUCAAGCACCCUCAAAUCCAGAAGAAGUCUCAGUACAUUAAGUAUCUCUGCUGCGAUGAUGUCAGAACACUCCAGCAAUGGGUCAACAGUAUUCGCAUCGCCAAGUAUGGCAAGCAGCUGUACAUCAAUUUUCAGGAGGCCAUGAGGAGGACAGAGGCCGCCUACGACUGGUCGUCGCUGUCCUCCUCCUCCAUCAAGUCGGGGUCUUCCUCCUCCAGUCUUCCAGAGUCUCAGUCUAACAACUCCAGCCACUCGGACAGUGGAGUGUCAGAGACGACAUCAUCAGGCCACGCCCGCUCCCAGAGUGUUGUCAGCUCCAUCUUCUCGGAUGCGUGGAGGAGGGGAACGCAAGGAGAGAUGAUGAAGAUGGAUGCCAUCAGUAGGCCCAUCCCUUUGCAAAUCCCCACCGUCUCCUCCCAGCCCCGCCGGGCGCCUCCAGUGCCCGCCUAUGUCAAGUACAGCACGUUGGCUCGCCUGCAGAACCAGAACCAGUGUAGAGCGCAGCCGGCCGCAAACGCCCCGCCGCCCAACUACAACACUCUCCCGGCCGCUUACGGUGCCACUUCUCCGUCGCCUCCGUCCCCACCGCCCCCUCUUCCACCUGCAGCUCCGGUUCCUGGCUCCGCGGUGAAAUUCAGCCUCCCCGGUCCCUCGGCUCUGACUCAUUCCCCAUCAGAGGAUGAGUUGCACGAACCCUCGUACCUACCACCUCCGCCACCGGAGAUCCUGGAAAGCAACGAGCUGCCUCCGCCCCUCGACCCCACACUGGAUCACCAUGCUCAACUGUCCAACGCUGGCCUCCAGCAGUUCCUGGCGCAGAAGUUCCCCAACAUGGUGUAUGACUUCACCCCAGCUAUGGCUGAAGAAUCUUCUGCCCCUCCGCCUCCACCUGCGUCUGAGCUCUCGACCCCUGCGGCCCUGCGGCCCUUGUCCCCCAACGCCCCGCCUCCGGCACCACCCAAAACCUUCACGGUUGGGUUUCCUCCCCAAACUGCACGAAAACCCGCAGGUCCCUCCUCCCUCCCGCUUGCGCUAUCCCCGGUGUCACCCACACCGCCUGCCAGCAGCCACGGGCCUGUAAAGAAGCAGCAGAGUUUCUCGACAGGCCACUCCCCUAAUCAGCCACCGCCCACGCUCCCCAAGCAGCACAGCCUCUCCUCCAAAAACCUCGUCCUCUCCCCUUCGUCCUCCUCCUCUUCUGUCUCCAUGGCUACCUCGUCGCUGGUCAAGCAGAUUGUUAAUCAAUUCCCGGGAAACAAUGCCUCCUCCCCUCCUCCCUCCUCAAACUCCCUGGAAGGAUCAAAGUUAGGUGCCCCUCACUCUCCUCCAGCAGUCAAGGCAAAACCAAAAUGGCAGCCGGGUGGCACUGUCGCUCCCCAGUCGCCCGAGUUCCCCCCACCUCCUCCUGACGGAUCCUUCAACGACUUCCCCCCUCCGCCUUCCUCAAAGACAGGUUCCCCCAUAAAAAAGUCACCUUCUACUUCAUCCACUGGCUCCACCAAGCGGGGGCCUCCACCGACCCCACAGAGGGCCUCCUCCGUGCGCUCCAACUCGGGCGAGGCGCCUGACGACAGGCCCAAGAAAGUCGAGAGCCUGCUCAGCAAAUUCGGACAAGCCGGUACGUCUUCUAGUUCCUCGUCGGCGACCGGCUCGCCCUCCAAGGAGUCCUCUGCACUUCCGACGCCACUUCCCAAGCCAGGUAAGCUGAAUUUGGCCAACCUCCCGCUGGCCCUCCAGGGGCUCCAAUCAAGCCAGCACCACCAGUCGUCUUCAGACUUCCCCUCGCCGCCACCUCCGCCACCAAUUUCCCAACCGCAACACCUAGAGUCAUACCCAGACUACUUCCCGCCCCCGCCAAGUGACUCUGAGCUCUUUCCUCCUCCACCCCACCCGUCAGAGUUCCAUAACCCGCUGAAGGUGGCAGUGGUCAACCCCCAGCCUCAGAAGCAGCAGCAGCCGCCGGCGCCGCUCUCGUCUUCGUGGAAGCAAGGCUCCCUGAAAAAGGGAGCGGUGGCACCACCGACGCUAAACCGGCGGUCCAGCAACACGAGCCCGUAUGACACGACGACCUCACUGCCUCUCUCGCCGCCACCCCUUUCUCAGACCCCACCGCCCACCCUCACCUCCUACUCCUCUUCCUCCCCCGUGCCCCCCACCUCACCCAAAUCCGCAGCACCGAGCUCCCUGACGCUUAAGACUCACUUCCUGGAGGACCUUAACCGCACUCUGAAGAGGAAGUCCGUUUCCCGCCACGGCUCGCUCAGCUCCUCCCAUCUCAUCCCCUCCUCCAAGAUGGAGCCCGUAGCCACCAUGGACGACAUGGCCCUCCUCCCGCCCCCGCCGCCCGAGCUCCUGCAGCAGCAACAGGCGGCCCGCGGGCACACGCAAACGCUGUCCCGCCACCACGCGCACUCCCAGUCCGCCAAACACAACGCCAACAUCUCAGGCUAUGCAACGCUGCGGCGAGGACCACCUCCCGCACCGCCAAAACGGGACCAAAGUACCAAACUAACCGGCGAGUGGUAGAGGACAAAGAAAGACUUUGGAACUAUUAAUCGUCCCCCAACGGUGGAAUCAUCUUCCAUCUUGAGUUGUGCAACUUUCCCUAAUUUUCAAGAUGCGGUCAGACCAAAAUCCAGCCAGAGUAGUGAUUUCAUUGGUCCAAUCAAAUCACACAUGUGGAAGGAAGAAGCCGGGUCACUUCUGACUGGAUCCCAAUGAACACAAACAGGAAGCAGAUUUGCUUUUGCUCGAUAUUGACUGACCCAAUACGCAUUAUCAUUCAAAUUAUUGUUCGUCUCAUUACCAGUAUAUGUUAAAGCUAUUCAGUCAAGAAACAUACAGUAUAUACACAAUUACAGUAUUUUGUCUGUACUGCAUAUGUUUGUGUAUACCGGCAAACUCCUAAAACAAAAAAAAAACUUUUCACUAUCUGUUCAUCUUUGCAUUAAAAAUAGUAAAACUCGUACUAUUAGAGAGGUUUUGAUUGUUAAAGAAAGAUGAAAGCUGGUACCCAAAUGGAACUGCAGCAAUGAUGAAGGAUGUCGGGCGGUGAAACGAGUUGUGUUUAUAGUUAAUGUAUGUCGUGGACGGGGGAGGAGCGUGAGGGCCUUUUCAGUUCAAACCUUUUGUGUGUGUUUUAUAUAAGAUUAUUUAAUGCUGGAAGAAAGAUGUUAUCGCCACAAUAUUAUUUGAAGUUUUAAAGGAGGUGUCAAAAAGUUUGAUUUUGAUGUCAAAAGUGUUAUUCAUCUUGCUUAAACUGUUCAAAUGAUAACUUGUAAUUUCAUCAUUUCAUUACACUAUUGUCACCCACUUAAAAUAAUGGCCCAAGUCAUAUUUAAUU